UAAUUAUCGAUCUUGGUUGACGGAAGUAGUGAAGAUACAAUACAUGAACGUGUAUCCCAGUGUCUUUUGAUGGAAAUUAAAUUUAAAUUUUAUCGAAAAUGCCACUGUUUGGAAGAAAGAGUGAUGGAGAUAAGAAAGAAAAAGGAAAGGACAAUGAUAUAAGGAAGAAAUAUGAUUUAAAAGAUAGGCUUGGAACAGGGGCAUUUUCAGAGGUAUUUUUGGCAGAGGACAAAACCGAUCCCGGUAAAUUUGUGGCUGUGAAAUGUAUUGAUCGUUUAGGAAUUGUUGGAAAAGAAGAAUCCCUCAACAAUGAAAUAGAAGUUUUAAGAAGAUUAAAUCACCCAAACAUUGUGAGAUUAACAGAUGUAUUUGAGGACAAGAAAUAUGUUUACCUAGUCAUGGAACUUGUCACUGGUGGCGAGUUAUUUGAUCGUAUUGUAGAGAAAGGAAGCUACACAGAACGUGACGCUAGUCUUCUUAUAAAACAGGUUUUGGAGGCAGUUGAUUAUAUGCAUGAUAAAGGCAUUGUACAUCGAGAUCUAAAGCCAGAGAAUUUGCUGUAUUAUAGUAAUGAUGAGUCUUCAAAGAUUAUGAUCAGCGACUUUGGAUUGUCAAAGAUUGAAGAUUCAGGUACUAUGGCAACAGCAUGUGGAACACCUGGCUAUGUUGCACCUGAAGUUCUAGCUCAACAGCCUUAUGGAAAAGAAGUGGAUUGUUGGUCUAUAGGUGUUAUAGCUUAUAUUUUGUUAUGUGGUUAUCCACCUUUCUAUGAUGAAAAUGAUGCAGCACUGUUCCAGCAGAUUCUCAAGGCAGAGUUCGAGUUUGAUUCUCCAUACUGGGAUGAUAUAUCUCAAUCAGCCAAAGAGUUUAUUCGUAAGUUGAUGUGUAAGGAUCCAAAGAAAAGACUAAGCUGCAAAGAAGCUAUUGCCUUUCCUUGGAUAUCUGGUAAUACUGCCCUGGAUAAGGAUAUCCAUGCCUCAGUCAGUGCACAGAUGCAGAAGAAUUUUAUAAAAAGUAAAUGGAAGAGAGCUUUCAAUGCCACAGCUGUUAUCAGACAGAUGCGGAAACUUGCAAUGCACAAGGAGGAUCAAAAUAACAAGAAGAUACAUGAAUAAGACUGUGUUAAGAACUUUAUUCCAGUUGCCUAUGAAAGAUCAAAACAUUUAGAGAAGCAGUCAGCCAAGUUUAGUCUGGUUCCAGGACUGUUUUUCUGUGCAAAGCAUAGAACAAGUCUGUUUGGUUGGACUGGUUUAUAGAGUUUCACAGUCUGGAUUUUGCAAGUAAAGCUGUUUUAACAGCAGUUUUAUAUUGGUCAGACCUAAGUAUGCAUUAUUUGAUGCAUUUCUCAGUAUGCAAAGUUUGUAAAAGGGAAAUUCAUGCAUUUUUAAUGCCUAUUUCAUAUUUAAUACAAAGUAAUUAGUGAAGUUGUAAUUGUUUACGUUUGAAAGUUACUUCAUGUGUAAUCAAAAUUUGUUUAAAACUGUAGAUCAUUUAAUUUUCUAUAGAGUUUAUUUAGCUAAAGAGAUACCUUUUACAUAAAUUUUGAAACUGUAUUGCCAAACUUUGAGAGUGCAUAAUCAUUAUAAUAUAAAGCAUAAUAUAGAGUAAGGGAAUCUUGAAGUAAGUGUUUAGGAAAAGCAGAUAUCAUAGAAAUCAUAUCUUGAUGAUGAAUCAAAUCAUUUUUCUAACAUUGAAAGUUCAUGUGCCUAUGAAGUUUAAAGAAAGCUCUUCUCUUCCAUAAAUGUUUUCACAGUCCAGCAUCAAAUUUUACAUCAAGGGCCAAAGCUAACAGUUUUCUGCCAUAGAUUUGAACUAUAGUUUGAGAAGAUGGGUUAACUUGCUGAAAAUGAGUGGUUUAUUACAUGUGCAAGUUAAAUUUUAAUUUAGUUUUUGAUAAAUAUGUAUGAAACAGUUUGUGAUUUGUUGCCUUAAUAUUACAGAUAUGACAGGUUGUAGCUGGUUUAGGGUUUUUGGGGUGUUUCGUGGUCUGUUAUGAAGUAUAGAGACAAAAGAUUUGUUUUUCAAAUAAAAAAAUACGUAUGCAUACUUUUAAUCACAGGUUUCAAGAUUAAGGGAAAAUUUAUUCUUUGAGAUCAGAUGUUUAGGAAACCAGCUUACUCCUAUGUAAAACAGUAUGAAAAUAUUUUGUAAAUAAACAUGAAUGUUCAACAUGUUUUAAUGUCAGGUACGUGCAAAAUAAUCUUUGUACGGAAAUGACAAAUUAUAUCAAAUACAUAUAUUUGGCCAUUUAUAUUGCCUGUAAGGGUGUUUGUUUUGUUAUCACUUUGACAAAAAUCUCAGAAUUUACUGCUUAUGUUAAAAUGUUAGUAAAGCUUGGAUAUUUUGUGCUUUUGUUUGCUAAUAAUAAGUAAUGUUGUGCUGCAUAUAUUAGAUACUUUGUUACAGGGUAUAUGAGCUUUAUUAGCCCACCUUA